AUGUUCGGGAUCUUCCGUUCGAGUGCCAACAAGGAACCCAAGGAACCCGAGGAACCCAAGGAAGCGCCUCACCAGGAAGCGCCUCAGCAAGGCUCAUUGGCCAAGAUGGACGUCGGUUCGCUGGUCCAGCAGAUGCAGGACACCCUGUCGGAAAUCAAUGCAACUGUCAAGGGGCUAUCCACCGAAGAACAAGAUGCGCGACUCGAUGAACUAGACCAGAAGCGAGAGCAGCUACUCUCCGAUCUGCGUGCUACCUUCGAGAAAGAGAAGGAGGAGCUCGAAGCCAAACACAAGGCCGAGGUCGAGGACAUCGCGGAGAAGCGAAGGAAAGAAGACGAAGAGCGCGAAGCUCGCCGUCAGAAGGAGGAUGAGGAACUGCAGGAGAAGGCUUCCAACGAGGAUAGGGAGAAGGAGGGCAAGUUCGAAGACGACACGAGCAACGUCGAGAAUGAUACGGAUCAACAGAUGGAAGAGAUCGAAGAGGAAGCACGAAAGGUGAUCGAGAGCGGAAAGCAAAAGCUGCAGGAUCUCGAAGAGAAGAGACGGGAAAUCAACCGUCAAAUCGACGAGCAACUCAAACGACCACUUCCAGCUAUUCCCACACGGAGACGGGCCAGAGCGGCAACAGGCGCUUCCACAAAAGGCUCAGUCAAAGGUCACACCCCCAACGCUUCUGUUCCUUCGACCAACGAACAAGCAUCUACACCGAUAAAACAGGACUCAUCUACCGUGAAAGAGAAUGCAACUUCGAACGUCAACGGAACAAGUCCGGAUUCCAGUGUGAAGCAGGAACCUUCUACGGAGAAAGGAGAUGAAGCAGUGGAUGCUGACGACAGCACUCCUGAUACCAAUACAAAACAGGAACCUUCUACGGCGAAAGCAGAUGAUGCACUGGAUGCUGACGACGACACUCCGGAUCUCGACGCAAACCAAGGCUCUUCUACGGACAAAGGCGAUGAUGCACUGGAUGUCGAGGACAACACUCCGGAUACCGAUGCAAACCAAGGCACAUCUACGGAGAAAGGAGAUGACACAGUGGAUGUCGAGGACAACACUCCGGAUACCGAUGCAAACCAAGGCACAUCUACGGAGAAAGGAGAUGACACAGUGGAUGCCGACGACAACACUGCCGACGACAACACUGCUGAUACCAACACAGAACAGGUUUCUCCUACUGAGAAAGGAGAUGAUGAACUGGAUGCCAGCGACGACACUCCCGAGGCAACUAAAACACUAGCUGAGGAAGCCACCACACAUCCGGCGGGCGAGAUAGGAGCCCAAGACGACAAGGGGAGUCAACAGGACACUUCUACACAACCAAGUGAUAGCAUCAACGGCAAUGCUGAGGCCAAGGACGACAAUGAGGGAAUUCCACAGGACCCCUCAGCGCAGCCAAGUGAUGGUGCCAACGGAAGUGCUGAGCCCAAAGGAGACUCCGAGCAAGAAGACUCCAAGCAGGAAGACUCCAAGCCGGAAAACUCCGAGCAGGAAAUCACUGAGCGGGAAGACUCCAAGCAGGAAGACACUGAGCGGGAAGAUACCAAGCAGGAUGACUCCGAGCAGGGAGACACCAAGCAGGAUGACUCCGAGCAGGAAGACACCAAGCAGGAUGAGUCCGAGCAGGAUGACUCCGAGCAGGAAGACACCAAGCAGGAUGAGUCCGAGCAGGAUGACUCUGAGCAGGAAGACGCCGAGCAGACCCAAUCGAAAAAGUCGAGCGACUCUCAGAAGAAGCCAGCGACCAAAGUGACUGGUGACAAGUCCUCUGCGAAAGCACAGGACGAUCCCUCAGGCGAGAAAAGUACAGAUGAGGGCUCCACUGAUGAUGAGCCUGCCACUGACGAUCAAGGCGAGCGAGCAGUCGGUGGCGGAGAUGACAAUAUACGAGAGAAGGAAGACGAUGAGGAAAGUCGGGAACAGGGUCUUUCAAGGAGCGACCUUGAAGGUACACCUCAGGAGGGGAAAGACCGGGCUCAUGAGGAGCCAGACGUCGAGGCGCCAGACGUCGAGGAGCCAGACGUCGAGAAAGAAAGACACGAAACGGAACCAGAACAAGACAACGCUACCAAACCUACCUACGAACAGCCGGAGCAUACCAACCAGGAGGACAAACCCGCUGAAGAUCCCACCGCUACAGCAGCACCAGCCUCCGACAAAGACAAGUCCACAUCUCAACCACCUACCAACAUCGAGACCGAUGUCGAUCCCAGCGCCACCACCAAGCUGAAUGAUGAGAAACCAAGCUCAUCCGAGGAACCAAGAACUCCAAUUGAGAAGCAAUUACCCAGUUCCGCGAAUGAGGGACCAUCUCAAACACCUUCUGCUGGCCACAACCAGGAGCUACAAGCUGCUCAACAGCCUUCUGAAGCACUCGCGUCUGAGAGUAGUGGUGUAACCGAGGCCGGCCAGUCUCAGGACGAACAAGGUGGCGAUCAUCUCGUCCCUGAGUCUGACAUGACUGGUGAUCGAGCCGCUUUAGACCAGCCCGAUCCAGCAACCACAGAUGUUGAAGGGAAGCAGCCGGCCAGUGAUGACCUUAUCACAGCAUCUGACUACCAGGGAACGCCCCUUGAGCAAUCCUCUGAGAAACCAUCGGAGCAACCGUCGGAGCAACUAUCUGAGCAACCAUCUGAGCAACCCGCUGAGCAACCCGCUGAGCAACCCACUGAGGAGCCAACCAGCACCGAACGGGGCGUAGACCGGACCUCACAAAGCUCUCCACCGGCCGAGGAACCUUCACUGCGUACCGAUGCACAUGCAAGCCCAACUGGUAUGCCACCCAUGAAGCAGUCAGAAGCCACAGCCAGUCAUGGUAGCAGCGGACCUGACCACAGCCACACGCCAAAGGACGCUGACACAGGGGUAGCCUCCAACGAAGAGAGUAGUACUGAUGAGCGUCGCGAAGAGCAAGAGUCAACCCGCGAGCACACGCCGCAUGCAACUCCAUCUGAACAGCGACAACCAGGGCACCCAAACGAGCCGGACAAUCAAAUGGACCGGGAACAGGCAGCAAUUCCGUCUUCGUCUAAACGACAGAACCGGUUGAUGCGUGGUGUCUCUGUCACGAGCGCCAUGCUAGCACAUCCUCCGGGACAUCCAGUACUUCCACGUGGGGACAGCGAUAUCUUAGCACCCCCGAGUCCUCUCAAGGGGGACCUGGUCUUCGGUUUCCCAAGCGGGUCGACCCUCGAUCCCACUCCGAAGCCCCAGACGCGGCCGGCGCAACAGGCUGGUGACUACUUCAAGUUCGGGGACUUCUUGCCUGCUGGACAGCAGGCACUGAAAGAAACUCACUCACCUCUGCCGGUAGAGAACGAGACCGUUCACGGCGAGGAUGACCUGUUUGAGAUUGCCUCCACUUCCACUACACCUGGGGUUUCUCAAGCUGGGGAAGAGCCAAAUUUGGGCAUGUAUCAGCCUACCGAUACUGAUGAGGUACCUCCACAAGCGAUGGCGGAAGAUACCCCAUCACAUGAUGCGGUUGGGCCGAAGACACCAGACGCGACUGUCAGAUUUCGGUCGUGGGGCAGCGAGGUGGAUGAGGAAGAAGCACGAUCUGCUACUCCUAGGGGACAAGUAAAUGAGCGUGAGGACACUUCCACACAGGCUACACCCCGACCCACUGCGGAGCCUAAUGCAGACCAUAGUCGGGUAGCUGAGGGUGAUGCCGAAUACAAGCCACAAGCGCACGACGAUCCCGGGUCGACACCGAAGCUAUCCCAGGCCCAAAAGGCAUCCUUGGCAAGCGGCUCGUCCCCCGUCCGCCUCACCUUCCGCAAGCACCGCCCUCGCCUCACGAACGUCGGCUGGGCCCCGCAACCACCCAGCCGCGACCAGCCCGUCACUUCCCCGAAGCAUAAGCAUGACGGCGGGAAGAUGCUGUACAGCCAAGCCCUGAACAAGAGUGGCGGCAACCAGUCCCAGGCGGUACCCCGGACACAGGCCAAUGCGGUCCCGCAGCCCAACCCCAACCCGGAACAGGGUGCGGCGUCUUCUGGUCAGGGAGCGUUACAGCAGGUGAAUAUGGGCAGGCUGCGUAGCAAUACAAUUGCGCCUGGGUCUGCUGCCUCUGUUGGGGUGAAGCCGCAGGCCGGGGACCACCGACGCAGCUCGUCGAAUCCGGGGGCGUGGUGGCGGAAGGACGACGCGGAGGAUAUUGAUGUGCAGAGUGCUUGGUUUCAGGGCGCCAGUAAGAAUCGGAGGUGUGUAUGA